GUGUGGACAGAACAGCGAUAUUUCUGGCUGAAGACCCGUGGAGUGUUAUGAUUGUCGUGGUUUUUCUGCACAAAGGCGAAUAAAUGAAUUUGUCAGCAAAUAUUUCAGACCUGGAAGUGACAUGGGGGUUCAUUACAAAGAAUUCCAUACUAGCGGCAGUUCUUGGUGUGGAAAUGAUUCUUGGUAUUGCAGGAAAUACCCUGAUCCUGUUCACCAAAAUUAAGGGAAAGGGUCAGUUUAAGAGCCAGUACUGGGUCUCUGUGGUCAGUCUGUCACUCUCUGACCUCGGCUGCUCACUGUUCGUCAUCUCCAGUUCCUUGCUGGCUGUGCUGACUAGUGGUCAGAGGUCACCAUGGUGCGAAGUCAUCUGUCUCCUUAAAUUCGCUUUCAUCACUUCCUCUCUUGGCAGCUUGGCGGUCUUGUGCAUGCAGCAAGCACUGGACUUGGCUUGCAGAGGAAGACAUCUGUCCAAUACUGUAGGAGCAGGCUGCCUGAUAUCUUGGCUUACGGGGGUUCUAUUUGGCACUGUACCCGUGGCAUUUAAAUGGAUCAGAUAUGACCCCGCAGAGAUGCUCUGUGCUGUCUUCUGGGAGAACAAUUACUCUAUCAUGCUGGUCUACAUCCUGUGUGCAUUCUGCAUCUGCAUCUUUCCCCCUUUCCUGCUGGUGGUGCUCUGCUCAGUCCUGACCUCUGCUGGCUGGAUUAGGAAUAGGAGCAGGGACCCAGAUGAUCUCUCCUCUGUUACUCCUCUGCUGGUGUCAAUUUAUCUGCUCUGCUACACACCCUUUGCAAUUUCAGAGCUGGUUCUGUUGGGAAGGUUGGACCAAUCGCCAGCACCUGAUUGGCUGCGCACGCUGUCAUCUGUGACGGCUUACCUGGAUUGCGGGAUAAACCCUUUUAUUUACUGCACCAAUCAGGACUUUCGUGCGGCAGUGAUGGGCCUCCUGUGGACCAACCGCAAGGCCCCAUCCGAGCCUGUGCUGACGGCGAUGGCAAAGCUAGACUUAUGA